CUGCCCCCCGCCCCCGAGCUGCGGCCAUGGACCCAGCGGAUCCUGCCAGCCCUGGUCCAGCCCAACACCUGAUUUCGAUGAGGUGACUGGCUGCCAGAGUGAACGUGCCAGCCUAGGUGAGGGGCAGAGACAGCCUGCUGGGGUUUCUCUCAGUUGUUCCCAGAGCCUGACAUCAGAGGCCAUGGACCAGCCAGCUGGGGAUCCUGGAAACCUGAGGCCAGGAGAGAGUGGUGAUGGCAUCAUGGAGCCAGGCACCUGCCAGGAGCUGCUGCACCGGCUGCGGGAGCUGGAGGCAGAGAACUCUGCGCUGGCCCAGGCCAAUGAGAACCAGCGGGAAACAUAUGAGCGCUGCCUGGAUGAGGUUGCUAACCAUGUGGUGCAGGCGCUACUGAACCAGAAGGACCUGCGAGAGGAGUGCAUCAAGCUAAAGAAGAGGGUGUUUGACCUGGAACGACAGAACCAGAUGCUGAGUGCCCUGUUUCAGCAGAAACUCCAGCUCACAACAGGCUCCCUCCCCCAGAUCCCACUCACUCCACUUCAGCCACCAUCAGAGCCGCCAGCCACCCCCUCCCUGAGUGCCGCUGAAGGAACAGCCACCUCUUUGCCUUUGGGUCGCUGUGCUGGGCAAAGAGAGGUGUGUUGGGAGCAGCAGCUGCGACCAGGAGGCCCUGGUCCCCCGGCCACCCCACCACCAGCACUAGAUGCCCUAUCCCCAUUCCUUCGGAAGAAAGCCCAGAUUUUGGAGGUGCUUCGAGCUUUGGAAGAGACUGACCCCUUGCUUCUGUGCUCACCUGCCACACCCUGGCGGCCUCCAGGCCAGGGUCCAGGCUCUCCAGAGCCCCUCAAUGGAGAGCUGUGUGGCCCACCACAACCUGAACCUUUGCCCUGGGCCCCCUACCUGUUACUUGGACCUGGUAACCUAGGAAGCCUGCUGCACUGGGAGCGCCUCUUGGGGGAACCAGGGGAGGAAGAGGGUACCAGGCGGCCUUGGAGCCCUAGCAGGGCCCCACCACAGGCCCAGGGCACUAGCUCUGGCUCACACUGUGCUCCAGGCAGUAGCUCCUCCUCCUCUUCUGAUGAGGCAGGUGACCCCAAUGAGGCACCUAGUCCUGACACCUUGCUGGGUGCCUUAGCCCGCAAGCAGUUGAACCUGGGCCAGCUCCUUGAGGAUACGGAGACUUAUCUACAGGCAUUCCUGGCUGGGGCUACAGGCCCACUCAAUGGGGACCACCCAGGUCCUGGGCAGCCAUCGUCCGCAGACCAGGGGCCUCAGCAGCUAUCCAAGUCCAAAGGCCUCCCUAAGUCAGCUUGGGGUGGGGGUACCCCAGAGGCCCACAAGCUGGGCUUUGGUGCUACCUCAGAGGGCCAAGGGCCCCUCCCCUUCCUCAGUAUGUUCAUGGGUGCAGGGGAUGCCCCACUGGGCUCGCGGCCUGGCCAACCCCACUCCUCAUCUCAGGUGAAAAGCAAGCUCCAAAUUGGGCCCCCUUCUCCUGGAGAAGCCCAAGGACCCAUUCUGCCCUCUCCAGCCAGAGGUCUCAAAUUUCUCAAGCUGCCUUCAGCUUCGGAGAAGACUCCCAGCCCAGGAGGCCCCCAGCUCAGUCCCCAGCUACCCCGGAACUCCCGAAUCCCCUGUCGCAAUAGUGGCUCAGAUGGCAGCCCCUCCCCACUGCUGGCCCGCAGGGGUCUGGGUGGAGGAGAACUGUCCCCAGAGGGGGCACAGGGCCUGCCCACCAGUCCUUCACCUUGCUCCACAAUCCCAGACUCUGCACAGCUCAGACCCCCCCAAUCAGCCUUGUCUACCACACUGUCCCCAGGGCCAGUGGUAUCUCCUUGCUAUGAAAACAUCCUGGACCUUUCCCGGGGCACCUUUAGAGGGCCUUCCCCAGAACCACCUCCAUCCCCUCUGCAGGUGCCCACCUACCCACAACUGACUCUGGAAGUACCACAGGCUCCUGAGGUCCUCAGAAGCCCUGGAGUACCCCCCAGCCCUUGCCUCCCAGAAUCCUGCCCCUAUGGGAGCCCCCAGGAGAAGAGUUUGGACAAGGCAGGCUCAGAGUCUCCCCAUCCCAGCCGUAGGACCCCAAGCAGCUCAUCCAAGAAGCCCAGCCAGGGAUCAGGGCGGCGACCUGGGGAUACCAGCUACACGCCUUUGCGGGACAGACUUGCAGCCCUGGGAAAACUGAAAACAGGCCCUGAGGGGCCCCUGGGCACAGAGAAAAAUGGGCUGCCUGCCAGAUCUGGCACCGAGAAAACUCGAGGACCAGGGAGGUCAGGGGAAAGUACUGGAGAUAUGGUGCCUACCACCACUAGACCCCUUGAGCAGCCAGAAACAAAGGGAGCCCUGCGGGGGGCAGUGGCCUUAGGCACUAGCAGCCUGAAGCAGCAGGAACCUGGACUUGGACUUGGGGAUCCUGGGGCCCGAGUCUACUCAUCCCAUUCCAUGGGGGCCCGGAUUGACUUGGAGCCUGUCUCACCAAGGAGCUGCCUCACCAAAGUGGAGCUGGCCAAGAGCCGGCUGGCAGGGGCCCUAUGCCCCCAGGUGCCUCGCACCCCUGCGAAAGUGCCAACCUCAGCCCCCAGCCUGGGCAAGCCCAACAAGAGCCCUCACAGCAGCCCUACAAAACUACCCUCCAAGUCACCCACAAAGGUGGUGCCCCGACCUGGGGUCCCCCCAGUCACCAAGGAGCCACCCAAGCCUGAAAAGGGGAAGGGACCUCCUUGGGCAGACUGUGGUAGCACCACAGGCCAGCCCACAUCCCCUGUGCCUGGCCCCACUGACCCAAACCAGGGACCUGAGGGGCCAGCCCCACACUCAGCCAUCGAGGAGAAGGUGAUGAAGGGCAUCGAGGAGAAUGUGCUGCGGCUCCAGGGGCAGGAACGAGCACCAGGCUCUGAGGCCAAGCACCGCAACACCAGCAGCAUCGCCAGCUGGUUCGGCCUUAAGAAGAGCAAGCUGCCAGCACUGAACCGCAGAACAGAGGCCACCAAAAGCAAGGAGGGCGCUAGUGGGGGCUCCCCACUCCGGAAGGAGGUCAAGGUGGAAGCCCGAAAGCUGGAGGCGGAGAGCCUCAACAUCUCCAAGCUGAUGGCUAAGGCAGAAGACCUGCGCCGGGCUCUGGAAGAAGAGAAGGCCUACCUGAGCAGCAGGGCCCGCCCACGGCCUGGGGGUCCAACCGCAGCACCCAGCCCUGGUCUAGGGCAGGUGCAAGGCCAGCUGGCCGGUAUGUACCAAGGUGCCGACACCUUCAUGCAACAACUGCUCAACAGGGUGGAUGGCAAGGAGCUGCCGCCCAAGAGUUGGCGGGAGCCCAAGCCUGAGUAUGGCGAUUUCCAGCCAGUGUCCUCUGACCCCAAGAAUCCCUGGCCAGCCUGUGGGCCCCGAAAUGGUCUGGUGGGCCCACUUCAGGGCUGUGGAAAACCUUCUGGAAAGCUGAGCAAUGAGCCAGGGAAGCGGGAAGAGAUGCCCUCAGAAGACAGCCUGGCCGAGCCAGUGCCCACCUCGCACUUCACAGCCUGUGGCUCCUUGACGCGAACCUUGGACAGUGGCAUUGGGACCUUCCCACCCCCAGACCAUGGCAACAGUGGGACCCCUAGCAAGAAUCUUCCCAAGACCAAACCACCACGGCUGGAACCUACUCCAGGAGUGCCCCAAGCUCGGCCCCCAGCCCUUACCAAAGUCCCCCGUCGUGCUCACACAUUAGAGCGGGAGGUGCCAGGCAUAGAGGAACUGCUAGUGAGUGGGCGGCACCCCAGCAUGCCAGCCUUUCCUGCACUGCUUACUGCUACUCCAGGCCAUCGGGGCCAUCAGACCUGUCCUGAUGAUCCCUGCGAAGACCCAGGCCCUCCUCCUCCUGUGCAGCUGGCCAAGAACUGGACCUUCCCCAAUACCAGGGCAGCUGGCAGCUCCUCUGACCCUUUCCUGUGCCCACCCCGACAAUUGGAGGGGCUGCCCAGGACCCCCAUGGCUCUGCCUGUGGACCGGAAGCGGAACCUGGAGCCCAGCCGCCCAGCCUCUACGCCCCAGGGCCCAGCAUUUGGGGGCAGUCGUACUCCCAGCACUUCGGACAUGGGUGAGGAAGGCAGAGUGGCCAGUGGGGGUGCUCCAGGGCUAGAGACCUCCGAGUCCCUCAGCGAUUCGCUCUAUGACUCACUCUCCUCCUGUGGGAGUCAGGGCUGAGGGACUGCGCCCACCACAGCCCCCUCUGGAUCUGGGGACCACGGACUGGACCCACUCUCUUCAUGCCCCAUGCCUCAGAGCCAGUGGGCCCUGCCUGAAGGGACCAAGGAUGCAGGUGGAGAAGAACUUGACAGAAGUCCCUGGCACACCCCACUGCCCACCGCUGCUGUGGAGGAGAUGGCCCUGCUCAGCUCAGGGAGAGACCCCACCCUUGGUUCCUUCACUUGCCCAGAAUAAGGCUUUUCCUCUAAGGGACUGAGGGUUCAAAGCCACUGUCUCAGCUCCCGCUUCAGGCUGAGCCAUCUUGUGGUGCUGGGCUUUCUGCCCACCAGCUGUGCCAUCUCUGCCCAACUUGGCUGCUCCCCUGUCCCAAAGCCUCCAUGGGGCCAUUCUGGAGGCCCCUGCUUUUGGAGCUUGGGGGUAAGGGGACACAUUGCCUUCUCUCUCUGCCCUGGUUCUCCCUGCUGUCUGGAUGGUGCUGCCCUCCCUUGCCCCAUGUCUUUGGGGUCUGUUUGUUUGUCUUUUUUUUUUUUUUUUUUUAUUAAGGCGCCUGGCCCAAUUCC